AUGGAGAACUUGGGGGAAUGGGAGCGGAAGAAUCUUCAAAAUGAGCUGCUUAAAGGGAAGGAAUUUGCGAGGCAACUCCGAGUUCAUCUCAAUGUGAGACCUUCAACUUCAUCCAUGGCUGCUGCUGCUUCUUCUUCUUCUUCAUAUGAUGGUGUAGAAUUAUUGGUUCAGAAGAUUUUAUCUUCAUAUGAGAAGGCGCUGUCAUUGCUCUCUUCAACUAAAUCUCCUUCCUCUCUUAACGCAAAUCCAAGGAGUGAAGACUCUGACCAUAUUGCCCAAACAAAUGCUGCUUCUCGUAAAAGGAACAUUCUUCCAACUUGGACACUGAAAUUCCAAGUUACUCCAGGAAUGGCCCUUGAAGGCUCUCUUGAUGAUGGCUUUUCUUGGAGAAAAUACGGUCAAAAGGGGAUUUUUGGUGCCAAACAUCCCAGAGGCUAUUACCGAUGCACACGUAGGAACCUCCAAGGUUGUGUAGCAACCAAACAAGUUCAACGUUCCGAUGACGAUCCGACUAUCUUCAAAAUCACAUAUCGAGGAAACCAUACUUGCAGCCAAGUGUCCAACCUUGGUACUACACCUGCAGCACCAGAGUUUCAGCAACAAAACCGUAGAAUUGAUCAAAAUUUGGUGCAAAGCCAACAAACAUCACCUGAUGCUCUCUUGAACUCAUGGGCAUCCUUAAGAAUCAUAACGGAAAACCUUGACACAGUUCAUGAACCAAUAUUGUUCCCACCUUUUAGCUACGAUCCCACAUCAAGUUACGAGGCUGCAGACCGCAUCGAGUCGACAUCAACUGUCGACAUGAACUUUACAGAGUUUUCGCCUUCGUUUUUGUCCCCAACAAAGUGUGGUUCUGGGGUGAGCUAUUUCUCUGGGUCCUCAAGUGAGAUGAGUGAAGGAUUUAUUGGGAAUCAGAAGUUAGAGUCGCAGCCAAGGAAAUCUGAGUUACCUGAGAUAUUUUCAUCACCAACUUCAGGUGUAAACUCUCGAACUCUUGGCUUAGACUUCCCAUCUGGUGAGCUUCAAAUGGAGCCAAGUUUCACUUUUGACAACACAACUUUCUUCUCCUAA